UUGUUCUACCCGAUGGUACGGAAAGGCUCACACAUGUUCGGCGUUUCCUUGGUAACAGAAUUACGUUCACUAUUUACCAGACACUGAAACGAUUCAUUUAAACAACAUGGACAUCCAGGAACGAAAUGUCAGGAGCUGUGGAGAGAACAUCGUAGAAAUGGUUGACAUGGACGAAGAAAACUUCGCUAUUUCCAGCUCCUCAGCUGCAGAUGCCGCUUUUGAUGCUGUUAUUGGCUCCAUAGAGGACAUCAUCAUGGAGGGGGAGUUUCAGCAGCUUCAGCAAAGCUUCAUGGAGAAACACUACCUGGAGUUUGUUGACUCUGACGAGAACAAACUCAGCUACACGCCCAUCUUCAAUGAAUAUGUUGACCUGCUGGAGAAACACCUGGAGCAGCAGCUGAUGGAGAGGAUCCCUGGCUUCCAAAUGAACAAUUUCAUAGAGCUGCUCAUGCAACACAAAGAGGAGGUCCCAGGGGACAUCUUUGACAUGCUGCUGACGUUCACUGACUUCAUGGCCUUCAAAGAGAUGUUUCUGGAAUACAGAGCUGAGAAGGAGGGCCGAGGUCUGGACCUGAGUCAGGGACUGGUGGUCACAUCUCUGACCCCUGCAGGCUCCAAACACACCAGCUUUAAUGAAUCACCGUGACACUCACACACUGGAAAAGUCAAACACUUGAAUUGCCUCUUCCUCCAUGUGUUCAUGUAAAACAUUUUUCCAUGGGCCUUCAGAAAGUUGUUAGCUUGUGGUCAGUGGUGUUUGUGACUCUUGUACCCUGAUGGUGAGCUUGAGGAUACACUCUACAUCUAAAUCUACAGUCUGUGCACAAAUAGUCCAUAAUGGCAAAUUCAUAUAUGCAUUCCCAUAUGUUUUAUGUGGUGGGUGGGAUGGUAUGUGUGUUUAAGAGCCUCUCUGUAUGGUAAAGAGGGAAGAUGAAAGGUUUUGACGUCUUUCUAAUCUCCAACCAUUGCACUGGACAUAAUGUUUGCUUGAAAAAUUCACAUCUCUUAAACAGGGAUUUGCAAGUGAGUGAGGCCUCAUCCUAAUUUUACAAUCAUCCUCUUUUUCACAAGUAUUUUUGUUAAGAUUUAAUAUUGAUGAGUUCUGCCUGGUUGGGGAGUAGGAACCCAAAAUUCAGGUGCUUGUACAAGGCCAAUGCUUGUGAUUUCAGGUCAUCCUACUGAGUCUUAACUGAAAACAGAUCGUAAACUGAUCCCUCAGUAAGUAGGGAAACCAUUUGAUAUGACUGAAUGUUUGAAUCUGCUCUCUUUGCCUUGUAUCUUUUGUUCAUAGGAAAAGAUAAUAGCAGAACUAAUAUAUGUUUUAUUAAGUUUUUAAUUAUUUGGUUAGUUUGAAAACCCAUUACAUUGAGUUUUGUGCCUGUCAAAGUGAUUUUUAAUGUAUAUAGUGCUUGUGUGUGUGUGCGAACGUGUGUGUGCAAUCAGAAAUAAGAUUUACAGUAUAGUUUUCAGUACAAUGUCAAAGUGUUUUCUACUUGUCUUAACAUGACAGUUUUAACUGUAAGAGUAUAUUUAUUUGACUGAUGAAAUACUGUUGAUGUCACAUUUGUUAGUAAAAAGAUGUUUCCAAAUAAACUGGUAAAAGCCUUA